AUGGCGAAACCGGCAGGAUCGGGCAGUGAUCUUUUCAAGGCAUGGCUGCGGGAGCGAAUGAGUGCGGCGCGGGCAGCGCAGGGGGGUGCCGCGGGUGCUCCAUUAGCGGCAGACGGAAUUACAGAGGAAUUACGGAAGAGUUUGGAAGCAGCAUGGAAUGAACUGAAGGAUUCUUUGACGAAUGCAGGGGUGCAGGAAAUAAAGGAUCUAUGCGGCGUGCAGUUCGCGAAGGGCGUGGAGGAGGUGGAAGGCGACGGGGAAAGACGUUUUCGGAAUGAAUAUGUCAAGGAUCUAUGUGCGGGUUUAAUGGGCAUUCGUUACUUCAUGAGUGGUAUAACGGAAUUGGGGGGUGGGAGUAGGAAUGUAAAGGUCGAAAAGAAUCUCACGCAAGGUCAAUGGUUUGCUCGCUGUACCGUCGGUAUGAUGGCUCUGUCGGAAAUUUACGGGGAUCAUUGUAAAUUGGAUAUAGUUCUGCGGCAAAUGGGAAAUAAAGUGGAGGGUAACCUAAGGAGUCAGUUGAAUGGCAGCAGCGAAGGAAUGAUCAGUAAGUGCGAAGGAGAAGUAGAUCCUACGGCUUUAAUGAUUGGUAGAACAGUUCUUGGUAAUAAAAUCAAAGAUUGGGUACACAGCAAUAGGGGGGGAGGGGGGAAUUCCCCAUGGAGGGUGAGGAAUUUGUGGAAAAAUAAAUGGAAGUUCGUCUGCCCCCAUGAAAGAGGACAAAUAACUCCGGAAGAGAGAAGGCAGAAGUUAAAUGAAAAUAAGAACACUAUGGCACAAUUUAUGAGUCUGGGCAACACUCAAAGUAGUGCUAGUCAAGAAUCUACGAUAGCCGAUAUACUAGGAGAUCCUGACAAUAAAUACACAUUCAAAGAGGAAACACUGAAAAAAGUAUUUAUGGAUACAAUGCAGAACGAUGGUACUAGUGGUCCUAACUCCUUCGAUGUGGACAGAGCAUUACAGAAGAUAGAGGAUGUAUCCCAGACAACAGUAGCCGAUGUAUGCAUGAAGAAUGAAAAAGGAAAUUUUUGUGAGCGCUUGCAAUGUGCACAAAAACAUUGGGAAUUGAAUAACACGGAUAAGCAGAGGAAAUUCUGGGACAACAACGUCCAGGAGAAGCUGAAGAGUCUCUUCUCUGCUGCGUCCAUUAGUAAUGAUGGCAACGCUGCUGCCAUUUGCAACGGCCCUUCUAUGGAUAAUGCAAAUAAAGAAGCUUGCACUCACAUGGCAAAAUUGUUGAAUCACAUGUACACAAGCACAAAUGGCAAUAACAAAUAUUCUGAUCAAAUUAUUCAUUGUCUUCUGUUAAAAGCAUAUGCUAAAAAAUUAAAAGACGAAGCACAGAACAAAGGGCUUUGUGACAUAAGCGAUGGAAUAGAAAAAGCUUUCACAAAUGCUGCGACUGGUAAGAGUGGUACUGUUGUUCCAUGUAAAUGGGAUGAAGCUGACUAUGAGAAAUGCGAAAUUACCACAAAUGGCCCAAAUGGCACCACCAAUGAGAAAGUAAAGGAAGAAGUGGUUAAAUUGUUCCCGCAGAACGACCAAACGCAGGACCCCAAAAUACAAGAAACCUUGGCUAACUUCAAUAAGGGAAAUUCCUUAUGUGAACGAGUAAAAUGUGCAUUGAAUUGGUAUAAGAACAACAAGAAGAAUGGGCAGGCGGCGCCUGAGUGGGAGGAAGUAUGGAAUAAAGUCAAAGAGGAUGUCACCUCACUUGGGAACGCCAUGUCUAACAAUACAGACAACAAAUUAGAUGACCACUGCAGUGACCUCAGCAACAAGCAAAAAGAAGUAUGUCUCCUCUUUGCAAAAGGAUUAGACCACAUGUACGAAAAUACAAAUACUGACGGCAAUGAUGCUAUGAAGUUGUUUAAACGAACUAUGAUGUGCGCAGCAUUAAAUGCUUAUGCAAAUAAAUUGAAAGCGGACGCGCAGAAUAAAACGAGUAGCGGAAAAGGGAGCUGCGACAUAAAGGAGGGCAUAAGUAAGGCCUUUGGAGCAAGUAAAAACAUUAUGGAAAAAGGAAAACCUACAUGCCAAGGUUCUAACAAUCCUGGUUGUUUUCAAUGCACAUGGGAAGAAGAUAAAUUUGGUGAAUGCAAAAUUAACACAAAUGGCACAACUGGCCACAGUGAGGAGAAGGUGGAGGAAAAAUUGAAGACAAUGAUUGACGAGGACGAUAAGAUAGGACUGAAGGAAUCUUUAGACAAAAUAUGUUUAGAGUGUCUGGAUAAGGGCCAAUUAUGUGAUCGUGCACAGUGUGUAUCUGAAAGAUGGGUAGAAAACGGGAAAACGCAGAAUGGCGGAAGUGGGGUCGACCGCACUUGGGAUAACUUAUGGAAAACGGGCAAUGGUUUAGGGAAGGAAUUAGAGGAACUCUCGGGGAAGAUGAAAGCGAAGAAAGGAGAGGCUGAGAAACACUGCAGUGAACUUGGGAAUGGGGAUAAUAAAGAAGCAUGUAUGCUUAUUGCUGCAGGUUUAAAGAGUAUUUAUGAAAUUACUGCAAAUGCAGAUUCAACGGGGAAGAUCACAAAGAAGGCAUUAGAGGACCAAUUAUUUAAACGUACCAUGCAAUGUGUUUUAUUAAAUGCUUUUGCUGAUAAAUUAGAACAACUUCCAUGUAAGGAUGAGAAGAAAGUAACAAAUGCAAUAACCCACGCUUUUACGACGAAGAAUAGUGCUAUUAAGGGCGACGUUUCUACGUGCACAAAAGAUGGUGAUAAAUGUUUUACGUGUAGUAGGUAUAACACCCUCGCCAGUUGCCAAAUUGGCGAGAAAGGUAAGGAAACGAAGAAUGUAAAUACGGAAGUACAACCCAUGCUAGAGAAAAAUGAGACACUCAAGAAUCAAUCUCUGGAGAAGAAAAUAUGUAAACCAUGUAAAGAGGAUAACUUUUGCAAAAAUCUUACAUGUGUAGCAAACAAAUGGGCAGAAAGGAAGUACGGAAGUUCAACCGGAAACGUUACCUGGGAUGAAAUGAAGAGUGAUUUUGAAGCAGAGUUAGAAUCACUGCUGGAAGACAUGAAGGAUAAACGGGGUGAUGUUGCUAAAUACUGCGACGGCAGUGGCGGCGCCGGCUGGGAGGACGGCCCUGCCAGCGAUGCUAACGAAGCCGCUUGCAAGCUUGUUGCAGCAGGGCUGCAACAUAUUUCGAGCAUUCAAAAGAAAUAUGAGGGGGAGGAGGAAAACCCCUAUGAUAACCAAGAGUUUAAACAAUUUGCUUCCUGUUUAAUGUUAAAAGCUGUCAUACAAAAAAUGAAAGAAGAGAGCAACUUCUGCAACAUAGAACCCGGCAUAAACAGGGCAUUCGAUUUUGCAGACGUCAUUAAAGAGGAACAUUGCACGAAUGAUAAACCUUGCAUUGAAUGCAAGUUCAAGGACAGCUAUGAUGAUUGCAAUAUUGGCAGUAAUGGCACUGACGAAGUAAAGCCUACAUUGGAAGCAUUACUCAAGGAUAAUAGUUAUAAGUCCACAAUUGACACCACCCUGGAACCAAUAACUAAAACAGACCAAAAGGAGACACCCCUCUGUAGUCGUCUACAGUGUCUAGCAUCUCGAGUGGAAGCACAUAAUGGAGGAAGUCAAGCGGAAAAAUUCUGGAAGGAGGAAGUCAGGGACCUGUGGAAAGACCUGUCCGCAGCAAUGACGAAGACAAAGGGUAAUGACCAAACCGGAAGUGGAUGUGAGAGCAUGGAUAAUGGCAGUGGCACUGCCACUAAACCUCCCACUAAACCUCCCACUAGACCUGCCACGGGCCCUGAAAAGAAGGCAUGCAAUUAUUUGCAUGCCGGCUUAAAACAUCUGUAUACGACGACGCCGUCGGCGCCGUCGACGUCAGGAACUGGUAAUCCUGUUUUGGACAACCCACUGUUGAAACAAACAGUGGGUUGUUUAUUACUUCACGCUUAUGCAAAGAAAAUGAAAGAAGACUCAAAAUGUGUCAUUGAUUCUGGUAUAGAGAAGGCAUUUAAGGCAUUUAAUGAUAUUAAUAAUGCUAAUUGCAAUGGCAAGGGACAAUGUGUCCCUUGCCCAUGGAAUGAAGACGACUAUGACAACUGCCAAAUUACUAUAACUGGCACAUCUGACGGAACCACCCAAACGCCAGUAACGGAAAAGUUAGCACAUGUUCAGGGCGAAAUUAACACCAUCGCAGAGGGCGACCUAAAGAACAUAAAUGACAUAUCCACUUUAUGCGAUUAUAUUAAAUGCGCCGGACCCAAGUGGUUCAAAAACAAAAAAGAGACUAAUAAUAACUCUACGCAGAGUUGGUGUGACUUUUGGGAUAACCCUGUUAAGACAGCACUGACGGAGUUGUUUAACAAGAUCGAGUCUGAAGGAAAGAAAAACAAUAAUGGUGUAUGCAAAGCAUUCGGUGAUGAUAAUCCUGAUAGUGUCGAAAGAAAAGCAUGUAAUCAUAUCACAGCAGGUUUACAACACAUUAAGGAAAUUAGUGGUAAUGACCAACUGCUCCAUCAAGCAGUUGAUUGUAUUGCUCUUAACAUGUAUGCUGAUGAAAUAAUUACCAGGUCGAAUGAUAAAUGCCCCAUUGGUGAGGAUAAAAUAACACAAAUGUUUGAAAAAUGGAAUAAAAAUCAUAAUUCUCCGUGUUCUGGUAGUGGUGCUAAUAAUAAUGGUUGUUUUGAAUGCACAAGACAACCAAACUUUAGUAGUUGCGAACUUAGUGUUGACAGCUCUUUGGUGGAUAAAACAACAAAUGGAAAUUGCAUUGAUAAAGACAAAAGAGAUAAUGUCCAAACUGAAAUAAACAAACUCCUCAACGAAGACAAAAACCAAUCCCAACCCAACUCUACCAUUAAAUCCAACAUAACAACCACCUUAACUACUAUCACUGAAAUGACCUCUUCUUUCUGUACUCAACUCCAAUGCGCAGCAAAGAAAUGGAAAUCAGCAAAGAACAAAAUCACAAAUGGAAAGGCAAGUGGACAAAGCACCGAUGUGAACUGGGAUGCCUUGAAGACUGACAUCGGAAAGGAAUUAAAUGAACUUUUAGAAUAUAUGACGAAGUCUGAAAAUCAGAAUGCAGUUACCCAAUACUGCAAAGACAACGACGCUAAAUGGAAUAAUUUUGGCCAUAAAGAAAGGAAAACAAAUAAAGCAGCUUGUCUGCUUUUUGCUGCAGGACUGCAGCAUAUAUAUAAAAAUAGCACGAAGGGCCCUGUUAAGGGCCCAUCGUUUGAACAAACGAUGGGUUGUUUAUUUCUUAAAGAGUAUGCAAAACAAUUGCAAGCAAUGGCAAAUAAGAAGAAACAAGGAAAUAGUUGGGUACAUCCUCUUUGUGACAUAGAGGAUGGUAUAACACAUGCUUUUGAAAAAAGUGAAGAAAUUAUGAAUGCAACAUCUUCAUGCAAAACUAGUGGUACUAAUGAUUGUUUUGUGUGCAAACAAAACGACGUUUAUGAAACUUGCCAAAUUGGCGAUGACAAAAUAGGAGAAAAAGUUGAUAAAUUGUUCAAAGACGAUCAGAAACAAACCCAUAUGCAACAAACAUUAGAGAAUACAGUCUGUCCCAUCCUUCUUACGGAUCUCCUUACCCCUUUUCUUCCUUUGGCUCCUGUCUCUAUUGGUCUUUCUGCUAUGGCUUAUUACCUUUGGAAGUAUUUUGGUCCGCUUGGUAAAGGAGGACCACGUUUCAGAAGAUCUCCUGCUGAAAUACGCGGUCCAUCGGUGCAGGAACAAGUCCUCGAUCAUGUGGAAGAAGCUGGUCCACAUGAAUAUCGAUUAGUGAAGGAACGAAAACCUCGUUCUGCUCCAACGAGAACAAAACGUUCUGGUCCCGUGAAUCGCCGCACGAUUAUUGAAAUUCAUUUUGAAGUGUUGGAUGAAUGUCAAAAAGGGGACACACAAUUGAACCAGAAGGAUUUUCUGGAACUUUUGGUUCAAGAGUUCAUGGGAUCGGAAUUUAUGGAAGAAGAAGAACAGGUUUCUAAGGAAGAGGUUCUUAUGGAAGGGGUUCCUAUGGAAAAUGUUCCAAUGGAACGUGUUCCAAGUUUAGCUUCCGGGUUUAUGGUUUAG